CUUCUCUUUUCCCCAACCAGCCCCGCCAUCCAUCCCCUCCCCCGCAGUCCCCCUCCUCGCGCUUUUAUACUCUUCUUAGUCUUCCACACUCGAACAGUCCCAUUCCUUCUCCCCUUUCUCUUCUUUGUAUAGUCUCGCCAUCCAACCCAUUUCAUUCGCCAUGACCGCCCUCAAGACCAUCCGUCCCAUUCCAGAGUUCCCCCUCCAGGGCAUUCUCCCCAAGGAGGAAACCGAGGCGGCCUCUUUCUUGAAGAAAUACCCCAAUUACGACGGACGCAACACCAUCAUUGCUAUUCUCGAUACAGGUGUCGAUCCAGGCGCAGCAGGCCUCCAGGUCACAUCAGACGGCAAGCCCAAAAUCAUUGACAUUGUCGACUGCUCGGGUUCAGGCGACAUCCCCACCACCACCGUUGUCAAGGCCACAGAGAACGAGGACGGAGUUCCCGUCAUCACAGGUCUGACUGGUCGCAAACUGCAUCUGAGCAAGGACUGGAAGAAUCCCUCGGGCGAGUACCGGCUUGGUGUCAAGCGUGCCUACGAUCUCUUUCCCGGUGACCUUGCAGACCGCAUCAAGAAGGAACGCGCAGCUGAAUUUCAAAAGAAGCACUUCCUACUCGUGGCCAAGGUUCAGGAGGAGCUCGCCGCCUUCCUCAAGGCCCGCUCCACGUUGACCGAGCAGGAUCAGCGUACAAAGGCCGAUUACAACGCGCGCUUGGACGUCCUGAAGGACCAGCUCAAGAACUUCUCUGAUCCCGGCCCAGUCUACGACUGCGUCGUCUUCAACGACGGCAACGUCUGGCGUGCUGUUGUCGAUGCCAAAGAGGAUGGUGAUCUCACAGAUGCCCCAGCAUUAACAGACUACAAGGUAGAGCUCCAGUACGGCACUUUCAGCAACCAGGACAAGUGCAACUACAGCAUCAACAUCUACGAUGACGGUAAAAUGCUCUCCAUCGUCGUUAUUGCCGGUUCCCAUGGUACCCAUGUCGCCGCCAUCACGGCCGCCAACCACCCCGAAGAGCCCGCCUUGAACGGUGUUGCACCUGGUGCUCAGAUUGUCUCUAUCAAGAUUGGCGAUAGUCGCUUGGGAAGCAUUGAAACCCAUCACGCCCUCACCCGCGCCGUCAAGGUUAUCAUCGACGACAAGUGCGAUCUCGCCAACAUGUCUUACGGUGAGGCAGCCAGCUACUCCAACAUUGGACGCUUUGUCGAGUUGAUCCGCGAGGAGGCUGUCGGUCGUCAUGGAUGUAUCUUUGUUUCGUCCGCUGGCAAUGCUGGUCCUGCCCUGAGCACUGUCGGUGCUCCCGGCGGCACUUCCGCUGGUAUGGUCGGCGUAGGUGCUUACCAGAGCCAGGCCAUGCAGCAAUCCGAGUAUGCCCUGUUUGAGUCCGUUCCCGAUAGACCCUACACAUGGUCCUCCCGCGGUCCUACUCUGGAUGGAGAUGUUGGCGUCAGCUUCUAUGCUCCCGGCGCUGCCAUCACCUCAAUCCCCGAGUACGAGCUUUCAAAAUUCCAGCGCAUGAACGGAACCUCGAUGAGCUCUCCUAAUGCAUGCGGAUGCAUCUCGCUUAUUCUCUCGGGUCUGAAGGGCGAAAAGAAGGCAUAUACUCCUUACCGUGUCCACCGUGCUCUCGUUAACGCUUCCAAGGAUAUCCAGGACGAGUUCCGCAUCGGCUUCCUGCAGGUCGAGAAGACUUUUGAUCAUAUUUUGACUUACCACGCCUACGACGAGCAGGAUGUUGAUUAUGUCAUUCAGAUUGCCGAGCGUGAAAACGCCCGCGGGAUCUACUUGAGAGAGUGGGAAGAGUGUAACAAGGCCCACACGUUGACGGUCAAGGUCGAGCCCAAGUUCAUGAAGGACAUUGACUACAACAAGCCUGACAUCAACGAGAAGAAGCUGUCCUUCGAGUGCCGUAUGGCUCUCAUUGCUACCGAGAGCUGGAUCCGUGUCCCCGACUUUCUGUUCAUGAACGGCGCCCAGCGUCAAUUUGAAAUCAAGGUCGACCCCACUCAGCUCACCGCUGGCUCGCUCCACAUUGCUGAGAUCCAGGCCUUUGAUUCCUCCUGCCCAGCCCGCGGCCCAGUCUUCAGCAUCUAUGUCACUGUCGCCAAGCCCGCUGAGUUGUCCACACAGUCCUUUAUCAAGUUUGAGAACAUCCAGUUCGGUCCCGGUCACAUCGAGCGGCGUCUAAUCCACGUCCCUGCUGGCGCGACCCAUGCUGAGGCCGUUAUCCGCAGCUCGAGCGGCGUCAACGUUGCUCAACUGGCUGCCAAGUUUGUUGUCUAUGCUGCUCAGCUCCUCCCUCAGCUCCGUAAUGACCAUACCAAGCAGGGCUACAUGAUCCGCCUUGGCAAGGGCAGCUAUGCCGAGGCCGGCGCUGAGGAACAAUCUGAAGCCAAACGCUUCUCUGUCUACAGCAGCCACACCUUGGAACUCUGCAUGGCUCAAUACUGGGACAGCCCUGGUGCUCACACUGUCACUGUCGAGUUGACCUUCCAUGGUCUCCAAUUGAGCGGGUCCACCAGCGGACCCCGCACGGUCUUUAUCAAUGGAGCCGAUCAAAUCACUCGCUUCCAUGUUGCGGCGCCAAUCCGCCGUGAGGAGGGCCUCUCGCCCAGCGUCUCCUUGGAUACUCUCCGCAAGGUGAUCCGUCCCUCUGAAAGCAGCAUAAAGCCUUUGAUCCGUGACCGCGACAGCUUGCCCAACUCGCGCCUCAUGUACAACCUGAUCGCAACCUACCCCUUCAAGGUCGAAACCUCAGGCAAGGAAUCAGUGUCUGUUACGCCCCGUUUCCCCAGCCUGAACGAUCUCCUGUACGACUCUCCAGUAGAGGUGCUCCUCAUUGUCUCGGACGUCAACAACAAGGUGGUCGGCUAUGGUGAUGUCUAUAUUCAUAAGUUCAAGUUGCCUAAGGGUGAUUAUAGCCUGCGUCUCCAGAUCCGUCAUGAGAAUGAAGAGACCCUGGAAAAGUUCCGCCACUUGCCUGGUGUCUUUGAUUUCGGUCUCGCCAAGGCACAGACACUUGAGGUGUCGGGCUACUGGCCUGAUGCCCUCAUUGGCAAGAAGAAUGCCUUCCCCAGCGCCCUUGAGCGUGGAGAUAUCAAGCCCGCAUUUGUAGUGUCGUCCUCUGAGCACCCUAAGGGCGCCAAGCCCGGCGACUUUUUAGUGGGUGAGUGGAAGUGGGGUCUUGCCAAGAUGGAUGGCACUCCUCUCUCGCGUGUUGUGUAUGCGAUCCCGCCUGAGCAGAUCCCUAUCAAGGAAGAGACUGUUGAGCUCGAGGAGGAGGUGGAUGUUGCUCGUCAGUUGGCUGAGCAGGUCAGGGAUGCACAGGUGGCCUGGUUGAAAAAGAGUGGAAGUGCUUACAGAACCGAAAAGGACAAGGAGGCGGCAGCGGCGGCCAGAAAGGAACUGGUGGCCCAGUUGGAGGCUGCGGGUCAUGGCAAGCACUUGCCCUUCUUGCUGGCACAGUUAGAUGUUGCUCUGGUAUUGGCUGAGGGCGCUGACGAGGCUCACAAGGAGGAGCGGUGGAAAGAGGUCCUUGGCGCAACGGAUAAGAUCACGAAGAUCAUUGACGAGGCUGCAUUGGCACAAUACUUUGGUUUGAAGCAGGUGACCUUGCACGGCAAGGCCGAGGCGGAGCAAAAGAAGAUCAAGAAGGAAAAAGAGGAGGCCAAGAGUGCGCUGAUUGCAGCAUUAAAGGCUCGCUGCUUGGCACUGGUUGCGUUGAAGGAGGACUCGGACGAGGCCUAUAACCAUCUGAGUCAAUGGAGCGAAGGCACAGGAGUGACUGACUGGAAGUCUGUGGGUGUCUACUUGGAGCGUGAGCGCAAGCAUGGCCGUCUAGGCUUGGCAUUGCAGCGCGUCAACGCCUGGUUGAGUGAGCAGGGCGGUGGGUCGCGCGAUGGAGCAGCCAACAUCAAGAGCGCUCUCUCGACACGACGCGAUCUCCUGCACGAGCUGAAGUGGUCUGUCUGGGAAGAAUACGAGCUCAGCUGGGACAGUAUUCGCUUGCCCAAGGCCGCCGCGACGUUUUAAAUAUGUACUGAGGAUAGGAAAAAGACUUAGAAGCAGCUUUUUGUGCUAAUAUUCAUCAUCAUCAUUAAGCCCGUUCAUUUUCAUGCACCA